AUGAGUCAAACAUCUCUGAAACAGAAAAAGAAGAGUGAAUCUGGAACAAAAUACUCAAGAGACAGUCUAGAAGGAGAGAAAAGAAGGGAUUCUGAGAAAUCAGGGGUUCGUCUGAGUGCUCAGAUGAGGCGUGCAGUCAAUCCGAAUCACUUGCUGAGAUGUCCCCAUGCGUUUUUUAGACGCUGCCUUAGUGCAGCUGAGGGACCAGCCCUUCUCGGCCCCUGCCGCACAAUACGUAUUUAUAUUCACAUGUGCCUGUUGUGGGAGCAGGGCCAGCAGAUCACCAUGAUCAGGGGAUCACAAGAACUACUAUCAAAGGCAGAUUCUCGAGGGUACGUCGUGCAAAAGCAGUGGUCCCGAACUUCACGGAACCCUUCGACCAGAGCCCCGUCAGUGGAUGAGCCCAGAAGCAAGAGUGCCAGUCUUAAGGUCCCCACUAGCUCCGCAACCUCCCGGACUUCAUCCACCUCCCCAAGCCAGCAAGAGUCACAGCACGAGCUGUCCUCACAGCCCUCCCCGUCUAUGCCACCUGCGCAACGCACACCACCUAUGCCUGUUGACUCGGGUCCUCCCACGCCCCCAGAGAUCCAGACCCAGUCUGCGUCCCGGCGCAGCACCAAGAUGCACGAAAACCCUGAAGUCUGGGCACAUGGCAUCGUGCGGGAUAUCCGAGAAUCACGGGACACGCGGGACCCCCGGGACUCACGGGACGCCCGGGACUCACGGGACGCCCGGGACUCGCAGCGGGAAUACCCGCGCACACCCCCCGCUGAAUGGAAGUCCUAUGGCCAGCGCAGAACGCACUAUUCGUCCCAGCUGGACCGUGACUGUAUUCCCGACCCGCCCCGGAAGCUGGAGGAAGAGGACGACGACGAAGAAGCCUACUGGGCAUCCGUGAGGACACUGUAUGAGAAGUCCCCGAACUGCUCGCGACCCCGGCCGGCCAAACCCAAGCAUGCCAUCACCAUCGCCGUGUCAUCGCAGGCUCUCUUCAACAUGAUGGACGGCAGGAAAAUCUUUGAGGAAGAGGGUCUGGAAAAGUACAUGGAAUAUCAGCUCACCAAUGAGAAUGUCAUCCUGACCCCAGGGCCCGCAUUCCGCUUUGUCAAGGCCCUGCAGCAUGUCAACGCUAGACUCCGCGAUCUGUACCCUGAUGAACACGACUUAUUUGAUAUUGUACUGAUGACUAAUAACCAUGCCCAAGUGGGAGUGCGGCUUAUAAACAGCGUCAAUCACUAUGGCUUACUAAUUGACCGCUUCUGUCUGACUGGUGGAAAAAGCCCCAUUGGCUAUUUGAAGGCGUAUCUUACCAACUUGUAUCUUUCUUCGGAUUGCGAAAAAGUACAAGAAGCAAUACAAGAAGGAAUUGCCUCUGCAACAAUGUAUGAUGGAGCCAAAGACAUGAAUUACUGUGACACGCAGCUUCGUGUGGCUUUUGAUGGAGAUGCCGUCAUCUUCGCAGAAGAUUGUGAACACGGUACCAAGGAUUACGGGCUGGACAAAUAUUUCCAACAUGAAACACUAUUUGAGAAUAAACCUCUUGCUCAGGGUCCCUUGAAAGCCUUUCUGGAAGAUUUAGGCAGACUGCAAAAGAAGUUUUAUGCCAAAGACCAACGGUUAUGUUGUCCUAUCAGGACCUACCUGGUUACAGCCAGGAGUGCAGCCAGUUCAGGCGCUCGAGUGCUGAAAACCCUCCGCCGCUGGGGUCUAGAGAUAGACGAAGCUCUUUUCCUUGCUGGGGCCCCCAAAGGUCCCAUCGUGGGGAAAAUACGGCCCCAUAUCUUCUUUGAUGACCACAUGUUCCGCAUUGAAGGGGGACAGAAAUUCGGAGCCACCACAGCUCAUGUACCUUAUGGCAUUAAUCAAAAAUGA